AUGGCCUACACUACAGCGACCUCACCGCCGUCUUUUGAUGCAGAAACCCAAGCUAGCCUAAAGCUUACUACCUCUCUCCCCCGAUCCAACUCUUUACAUCAUGUCGUUACUUCGUUGCCAUCGGGGUCGACGCACUCUGGCGCACCGUCAUUCACCUCAUCUCCGACAUCCACUCCCGCAUCUGCCUACCCUGCGCCGGGCACACCGAAUGGCUUCACUCCUGCCGGUACUCCUCUACAACCACCCAGCGAGGGUCCACGCGGUCGAAACUUUGAAUAUUCUCUACAAAUUCCAGCUCCUUUGGAGCUUGGUGAGUCCAUGAUGGCAAUUCCUAGCAACACAAACUCUGCCAAUUCCAAUGAUUGGACAGCACCAAGCUCCAAGGGGGCUGGCUUGAUGCGCCGCAUCUCCCGCGGUGCAGCCAACAAACUUACCCGAAGAAGACAGUCUGCCUCCCAGAAUGACAAACGAGACAGGAGCUCCGGUCCUGUUAUAAUGCGCCGGCGCAGUGACAGCAAGACUGGUCCUCAACCUGUUCGAGACAAUGCUUUGGACUCAAGCAACGAAGAUGAUGUCAGUGAAGCUUUGGAUGCUUUGGGUCCAUGGGCUGGCUCCGAACCGUCAAGCUUGCGCAGCGAAAGUCGAAUGUCUUCUGCUCGUGAUAUCAGUGCGGGUACUAUGUCGACUCCUCCAGCUGCUAUUGCCGUCAUUGCACCCAAAGUGGACUCCGCGCUGCAGCGUGGAACAAUCUUGACAAAGGUCACCAAGAAGCGCCGUAAGCAGGUCCGAUUCUUCCUGGAUUUGGAUGCUGCCAAGGUCUUCUGGGAUCUUUCUAAUCCUGCGAAACGGUUCUAUAUCGACGAUAUCAAGGAAAUCCGCGUUGGUGCUGAUGCGAGGAACUACCGCGAGGAACAUCAGGUUCCUGAAGAUAUGGAACGCCGCUGGUUUACCAUUGUGAUUGCGGACGUCGAUCGUUUCAAGGGUCGAGCAGUCAAGACUCUCCACCUUAUCGCACCCAAUGACCGUGUCCUUGAAUUAUGGACCACCACUUUAGAGCACAUUGCUCGUUACCGUAUUGGUCUUAUGGCUGGCAUGGCUGCUUCUGCACAAAGCGAGACUGUGAUUCAGGCUCACUGGCAACGUGAAAUGUCACGGCUGUUCCCACAGGGCUUCCGAGCUGGAGAGGAACAAUGUCUUGACUUUUCCGCAGUCGAGAGUGUUUGCCGCAGCUUGCACAUCAAUUGUUCCAAGAAUAUGCUCCGAGCACAAUUUACCAAGGCAGAUGCGGGACGCAGUGGCAAACUGAACUAUACAGAGUUCAAAGACUUCCUUGCACGCCUUAAGGAACGCAAAGAUGUCAAGGAAGUCUACAAAAGUGGCUCUGCGGAACUGAAAAACGGCAUGACUCAGGAUGAAUUCCUUGAUUUUCUUCGCGAUGUGCAGAAGGAGGAUGUGGACUCCGAUCGUGCUCACUGGAUUGCCUUGUUUGACAAGUUCGUUCGCAAGUCCAGGGCUCGGGGCUCUGAUGCGUCAGAGAUUUGUCCACCAGAACCGCGAAUGAACCUUGACACAUUUGCUUCUUAUCUCACUUGUUCAAGUAACGGUAUAUAUGCAUCUCGCGCUCCUCAAUCGCGUUUUGACAGACCAUUGAACGAGUAUUUUAUCUCCAGUUCUCACAAUACAUACUUGCUCGGCCGCCAGGUUGCUGGAGCUUCUAGCACAGAGGCUUACAUCAGUGCUCUCCAGCAGGGCUGCCGAUGUGUGGAGAUUGACUGCUGGGAUGGUGCUGAUGGACGUCCAAUCGUGUCUCACGGACGUACCAUGACUACCAGUGUGCUGUUUGCCGACUGUAUUACUGUGAUCAAUCGCUAUGCUUUCAUCUCAUGCGACUUCCCUCUCAUCCUUUCUUUAGAGGUGCACUGCAAUCCAGAGCAACAGCUGGCCAUGGUUAAGAUUAUGAAGGAAACUUUCAAAGAACAACUUGUCCAGGAGCCUUUGAUGACCAACUACUUCGUUCUUCCGUCGCCUGAAGAGCUUAAGGGCCGUAUCCUGGUCAAAGUCAAGACAUGUGAUGAAACUCACAAUGAUCCUCGCGUUGAUUCUAUCAGCACUGUUGGCACCCAUGGUCGUAAGCGAAGCUCCAGCUCUCCAUUUGUUCGCCCAACACCCCCAAUGGAUUCCCUGAGUGGACUUCCGUCUUUCUCAAGCCCACCAACAAUUGCAGGCGGUGCGGUGGAUGGCAUUGGACCCUUAAUCUCUCAAGACAGACGUUCACUCACAGCAACAAGCAUGAGCAGUGCAACCGAAGACAGCGAUAGUGCGAUGCCGUCCAUUCACAGCGAAAAGAAAAAGAAGCGGCGUCAAAAGAGCAAGAUCACAAAGCCUCUUUCUGAUCUCGGUGUCUACACUCGUGGCUACAAGUGGCACAGCUUUAGUUCCCCAGAGAGCCGCAAGUAUAACCACAUUUACUCUUUCGCCGAGCGAUCAUUCGAAAGCAUCUGUCAGAAUCAUGACAACAAAGUUGCGCUGGAAACACACAAUCAGAAAUACCUGACCAGAGUAUACCCUUCCGGCUUCCGACUCCGCUCGUCUAACUUCGAUCCAAACAAGUUCUGGCGCCGUGGUGUUCAGAUGGCGGCUUUGAAUUGGCAGACCUACGAUAUCGGGAUGCAAAUGAACCAAGCCAUGUUUGCCGCUGGAACUGACCGCACUGGCUAUAUCCUUAAGCCUGAAAGCCUUCGACUGCCUGCUCCUGACAACGGAAACCAGAAGCGCAAGACAGAAAGGAGACUGGUUCGAUUCUCUGUCGAUGUCAUCUCUGCUCAGCAGCUUCCCCGACCUCGCACAAUCGGCCCUGAAGAUAACAUCAAUCCUUACGUCGAGAUGGAGAUCUUCAGCGCUGAUGACCGUGGUCAGAGCUUAGCAUUUGGUGAAGGUGGCAUGGAUGCUUCUGCGCGCAAUGGAAUGUCUGGCAUCGGAUUUCCGCAUCGCCGUCGCACGAAGAUCGAGCAGAGCAAUGGUUAUAGCCCCGUUUUCAACGAUCGCUUCAAGCUGUCUCUGGAGACCAAAUAUCCCGACUUGGUGUUUGUGCGCUGGACUGUCUGGAGCUCUUUGGAUGGUCGCAGUGCGGGCAACAACAACAGUGUGCAGUUGGCUACUUUUACUGCCAAGCUUACCAGUUUGUCCCAGGGUUACCGAUACCUUCCAUUGUACGAUGGCAAGGGCGAUCAGUACCUGUUCUCAACCUUGUUCUGCCGGAUCUCCAAGGAGGAACCUAUUCCUGUUCAACGUCUGGACUUGGAAGAACUUCGUGCUGAGCGCAUGGGUAUUCUACGUCAGAUCGGACAGACUGUCUUCAAACGUUCCUCAUCUACCGACCGCGAGAAGGAUCAAUCUCAAGAUCGGAGUGAUCCUACCAGUCCGGAGGACAGAGAUGGCUCUCCAAUUCUUACACCGACCAUAUCUACUACAUCCACCUCAUCCUUUGUGCCUUAA